GUAGCCGAAUUCUAUAUAUAUUGCGUACCUCCGGCAGAACCCAGGCAAAAUCCGCCCAAACCGGAUUCUAGAAGCAUUCAUAUUAAAAACUGCCCUCAUUAUCUCUUUACACAACUUCGCCACGUCAUGAAUUCGAGCCCCGAACUGCUCCAAAACGCAUUGAGCACCGUCUCAACCGUCCUAUACACCCAGAAUUUGGCCGUGAACCACUUGGUGAACCAGUUCAGCACCUCUGCGUUUGCGCGUGCCAACAUGCAGAAAUCGCUCGAGAUUAUGAACACAUCGCUCCAUUCCAGGGGUAAAAUCGUCAUUACCGGAAUCGGGAAGUCGCACAAAAUUGCAUCAAAGGUGGUGGCCACCAUGAACUCGCUCAGCCUUCACGCAGCCUUGCUCCAUCCAUCUGAGGCGCUCCACGGAGACUUGGGGGUCAUCCGUGCUGACCACGGAGACUGUCUUGUUCUCAUUACCGCCAGUGGCAACACUCCGGAAUUGCUCCAGUUGUUGCCUCAUGUCCCGGUCUCGGUCCCCGUGAUUUUAUUAAGUAAUAAAAAGUUGUCAAAGUUGUCACAGCACCCGCAGGUGCAGUCCAUGUUGUACGCGGAGUUGCCAAAGGAGUUCAGCGAAGAGACCAUCUACGGCCUUGCGGCGCCUACGAUAUCCACCACGUUGUGCCUUUUGCUUGCGGAUGCCGCGUGCAUGGCCUUGGUCGACUUGCACAUCAACAGAUUGAGCGACAGACAGCGGUUGUUUGGGGAAAGACACCCGGGCGGGGCCAUUGGCGCUGCCUACACCCACACACAAGUCAUGUCAUCCCUAAAUUCAUCCACACAGUCCAGCACGGUCGGUCUUAGUUUCGGCAGUUUUAUCCUGGGCAACUCCCUCACCAGUAUGGACGAAAACACAGAAGCUCCUGAGGUUUUGAAGAAUGCGUUUAACUGGCCAGAACAGGCUUCGAUUCCGUCUUCCGACGAAGAGUACGAGCUUGAGGUGUCGUCACAGAAGAAGUUGGCAGAAGGGGUUGACCUUAAGCUCAAGUCGAACAAGAACAGAGUAAAGACGUUGCAAGAGCCUAUGGACUUUGCCAGCCCGAUGGAGAUCUUCUCGACCAUUGCCAUGUAUGAUACGGUUGUGGUGAUCCAGAACGGGCAGCGGCGGGGCAUUGCGACCCAGGCCAUUCAGCACAUCACCAGGGCCGUCUUCGAGGAUGAUGGAUUUGAAAACCAGACGUUGUGGAAGCUUGUUUCGGAACAUGUGGAUGCUGCAAUGACAGCAUGUUAAGGGUUUUUUUUUUUUUUUUGGAUGUUUUUAGCCCCCCUGUAAAUUUAAUUAACUGAUACGCC